AGGUUGUAAUAGAAAGUACAAAUUCUCAAUAUUAAAAACAUAGUAAGCAUUUUACAAAACAUUUAUUCUUGCAGAGACAUACGCUUGCAAAGGCAUUAAACAGUUAAAAUUCUGUUAUUACAAGGACUAACUAUUCUGUUUGAAUUAGUUUAUGUAAAAAUUGAAACAAUUGAUCAUAAUAUUAUCAAAAAAAAAAAAAAAAGAAAAAGAAACAAUAAAAAACUAAAACAUGAUAUGUUGGCGAACAAAAUUGAACCAUUUAUCUAAUUUGAUAAUCUUGGGGAUCCUUCUUUGUGUCGCAACAAUUGUAGCAACUGUUACUAACAUGCUUGUGUUAAUCAUUAUAGCUCGCAUGAAGAAAAGAUCUAUAUCGUACCAUAUUUUACUUUCACUAGCAACUGCUGACUUUUUUGUUGGAUUGAUUCUCGGCCCAAUAACUGCAAUUCAGGUUUUUGAUGUCAUGUUAUUAGAAAACUGUUUAACCCAUACAAUCCGUAGUUGUUUUUUAAUUUUGCUAGUUGGUUCCUCAUUGUCAAGUUUAGCAUUAGUUGCAUAUGAUCGGUAUUUGUUACUGACCAAGCUACAUAACUACAAUAAAUAUAUGACAAAAAAAAAAGUUAUCAUUUUCAUUUUAUUAUCAUGGUUUGUUCCUGGAAUAAUACCAAUUGCGCGGCAGUUUAAUAUGACGGCGUUUGUCGUUUUACGUGUUGCUGUCUACACUCUGCCACUUGUGGCUUUAAUCGUAUUCUAUUUUUUAAUUACGAUGGACGUUCGGAAAAAAGAAAGAAAUCUUUCACGCCAUCAAAUAAAUCAAAACGUUGCUGGUAGCGAUAACUCCUCCACUUGCGAAAAUUCGAACAGUCAUGAAACAGCAGUUGUCGAGAUAAAACGUCAUUACAACUUCUUAAAUUCAGGAAGAAAAAUAAAACAUAUAAAACUUGCUAAGUCCGUGUUACUUUUAAUUGUGUGUUAUUUUGUAUCAAUUUUUCCUUUAAACAUUUGGAUGAUGCUAGAAUUGGCAAAUUUAAACGAAAGAAUGUAUAGUAACUUGGCACAUCAAAUAUUUUAUUUCGGAGCAAUCUUCCUGAUGCAAGUUAACUCGUGUGUAAACCCUGUAAUUUAUUAUUUAAAAAAAAAAGAAAUCAGAAGAGGCUUUCACCAAAUUUUCAAAAAAAGACUUUAACAUUAAUGUUUUUUAUUUUUUAAAGAAGCUUUGAAUAAUAUCAAUUUUCUGAAUAUAAAAAUAUUUAA